UUUUAAUGUUAAAAGUGGUAAAUAUUCCCCGUUUUUAAGGGAAUUUGCGUGCGUUUGAGGGAAUGAACGGACGCUAUGUUUUAAAUGUUACGCAAAGUUUUGUUUUGAAGUUUGAAUUAAAGGGACGAAAGAAGUAAACAAAGAGACGAAUGACUUAACGAUUUGUAAAUAAAUAUAACAAAGUUUUGGACUAUAUUUCGGUCGUAAAGCAAAUCAUUGUUAAGAAAUAUUCAUUCAUUUUGUGAUAAUAUUUGCAAAAAUCGUGGAAAUUGUGGACAAAAUAAUAGACAAUCCGAUUGUCAUAUGAAUGCGAGGGAAGCGAUGGCAACGAAGACCGACCACUGGACGAGUCCUACUCUUGUGAUCCGUUCAUUUGGUCCAAAGUUGGUGCCGUUCUUCAAGACUGUGGCCAUAUAUCUGGUUUUGGCCGAUCGGGAGAGUCCCUCGUGGCUCACGUGUCUACUCAAGUGUUUGCCCAUUAUAUGGCUGUCCAUAUUUGUUGUCCUUCACGGCAUCAGUUUCGGUGAUAAACACGUCUACUCUCGAAGAAUACUAAUUGGUUUAGUGCUGUCGUGUAUCGGAGACGCUCUACUCGUUUGGCCAAAAUGUUUCUUAUGGGGAAUGUUAUCGUUUGCUCUCGCUCACAUCUCAUACAUCACUGCAUUUGGUUUUCAUCCAAUCAAUGGUAGCGCCGGUACUCUCUGUGCUCUAUUGGGAGCAGUGGUUCACUACAUAAUGUAUCCCAAUCUCAAAGGAACAAUGAGUUUAGCGGUUCCCAUAUAUAAUGUGCUUCUGUUGGUAAUGGUGUGGAGAGCGGUGUCAAGAGUGCAACUCUUUGAGGAUCUGUGGACGUGGACUAAACUGUGCUCGUGUUUCGGGGGAAUACUGUUUGCCAUUUCGGACACAGCGCUCGGCCUCCGAGAGUUUGGUCUCAUCGCACAUCUGGUGUCGAGCCGUCACUGCCAGCUGUUGGUUAUGAUCACCUAUUAUGCCGCACAGUUUGGCAUCGCGUUGUCCGUUGUGGACACCAAUGGGCUCAACGGUUCCCAAAGUGACAAACGAAGAAUGACGGCCACAUCGGAAGUGGACGGGGGUUCGGCGGAGAUUGAAGCGUUGAAUCAACUCUUACAAGACAUCUAUCAAAUGGUUGAGAAAGUGCGAGCGUUGCAACAUUUCUGGCAACGAUUAUUCGGUUCCGAUUUGGAUCCCGAUUCUUAUAUUUUUGAAUCACUGUCUCCAUAUGAAUAG